AUGGUUCCGGAGGGGUGUUAUAAGCUGCAGUGCAGGACCAGGCUAUUUCAUCUGCUACCGCGGACGAAACUGAUAUGCACGAUAGACCCGGAAACGUGCGAGGCGGAGCAGUUGGAGGUGCUGGCUGGAGGCGGAAUGAACGUGGCUCGGAUCAAUAUGUGCCACGGCAAUCGCGAGUGGCAUCGAGAGGUGAUACAGCGCUUGUGGAGGUUGAAUGAGGAGAAGGGUUAUGCGCUGGCUGUUACACGGAGGGGAGAGAAAUUCACAUGGGGGAUCUUGGUGGCGCCUCCUCUGCCAAAGCCGAGGACGGUGAAAUAUGGACUUUUAGUGUUCGAGCAUUCACCUCUUCACAAACGCACUAUUAAUGUGAACUAUGGUAGCUUUGCUGAGGGAUUGGUUGGACAUUGA